AGAGAUAAGUGUAAAUGUUGUCACUCUUUCUUUCCAGAUAUUUUUAUUUAAAAUAGAUACAAUGGCGACAUUAAUUCACACUUUAGCCGAUCAUAGUGAUGAUGUCAACUACUGUGCCUUCUCUUCCUCGUGCCUGGCUACGUGUUCCUUGGACAAAACAGUGCGCCUUUACUCUUUGACCGACUUCGCCGAGCUUCCCUACUCGCCUUUGAGAGGCCACACGUACGCUGUCCACUGCUGCUGCUUCUCGCCCUCGGGACACGCUCUGGCCUCGUGCUCCACAGAUGGCACCACCAUGGUCUGGGACGCGCGCGACGGGCGGAGGCUGGCGGUGCUGGAGCAGCCCAGCGGCAGCCCGGUUAGAGUCUGCCGCUUUUCUCCCGAGUCCACAUAUCUCGUGUCAGGAGCGGCAGAUGGGAGUGUGGUUCUUUGGAAUGCACAGUCACUGAAAUUGUACAGAUCCGGGAAUGUUAAAGAUGGUUCUCUGGUGGCCUGUGCGUUUUCUCCUAAUGGAAAUUUCUUUGUCACUGGAUCAUCAUGUGGUGAUUUAACCAUUUGGGAUGAUAAAAUGAGAUGCCUGUAUAAUGAAAAAACACACGAUCUUGGUGUUACCUGCUGUGAUAUUUCUUCACGGCCAAUUUCUGAUGGCGAACAUGAGUCCAGAUACUUCCAAAUGGCUUCUUGUGGUCAAGAUAAUCAGAUCAAACUCUGGCUUAUUUCGCUGGCAGAUUUCUUAGGUGCUGAAUUAAAAUAUAAAUGCACAUUGGGUGGACAUUCUGCCCCAGUUCUGGCUUGUGCAUUUUCUUAUGAUGGGCAGAUGUUAGUUUCAGGGUCUGUGGACAAAUGUGUCAUAAUAUAUGAAACUAGUACUGGCAAUAUCCUUCAUACAUUGUCUCAACAUACCAGAUAUGUUACAACUUGUGCUUUUGCACCGUGUGUUCUCUUGCUUGCCACAGGUUCAAUGGAUAAAACUGUGAAUAUAUGGCAAUUUGACCAUAAACAACGCUGUUCAGGAAAUAUCAUACAAAAUGAAUCUAAGAUGGCUGUUGAGAAUUGGUCAGAGGAAGAUGUUUUGGCCUGGCUUCAUGCGCAGGGCUUAGCAGAGCUUGUUGGGAUUUUCCAAAUGAAUAACAUAGAUGGCAAGGAACUUCUGAAUCUUACAAAAGAAAGUCUGAUGAAUGAAUUAAAAAUUGAGUCUUUAGGUCUGCGCAGUAAAAUUCUCCGCAAAAUUGAAGAACUGAGGGUGAAAAUGGAAUCUGUUUCUGUUGCUAUCCCAGAUGAAUUCUUAUGUCCUAUAACAAGGGAGCUAAUGAAAGAGCCUGUUAUUGCAGCUGAUGGCUAUUCCUAUGAAAAGGAGGCACUGGAAAACUGGCUCAACAACAAGAGACGCUCCAGCCCCAUGACAAACCUCCCCCUCCCCUCCCUUCUGCUCACACCCAACCGGUCCCUCAAAGUGGCCAUCGGCCGCUGGCUGGAGACCCAGCAGAAACGUAAGGACAGCACUGAGCUUUAA